AUGUCAUUCACCAUCUCUUCUCCUCUCUGCACUAUUUGCCAGGUGUCCAUUGAGACGCAAGAACAUUUUCUUCUUGCUUGCCCGUUGAAAUCUGCUGUGUGGACAGGCAUUUUGUUGGAAUUCUUUGGCACCGUCCCUCUGCCCUCUGUCCUCUCAAACGCUUUCCAAUCCUUUGUCUUCCCCUCCAUACUUAACCCUGCGAUCCCUGCUUCCUCCGUCUUUGGCCUAACUAUCCUGGCUAUUUGGGAUCACCACUGGUCUUUCCACUUUAACUCUGUCCCUUUCCUUCUCUCUGCGAUGCUCCACAUUGUGUGCAAGUCAAUUUCUCGUCUCUGCUCUGAACUAGAGCUAGACUCUCCAUAA